AUGCGUUUGCGGAGUACUAAGGCCAUUUUGGUUAACGUAGCGUCCUUCAUAACCGGUAGCAUUGUCACACUGUUAAUUUGCUCUUCACCUGAAUCAGACCAGAAAAGCAAAGAAAUUACCGAUCUACACAAGAUAAAAGAGAACGUAAAAAAUGAGUCUCUUCCCGUGCAAAGCGCUAAAGCCGAAGAUAGCCUUCCACCGCCUCGUCCAACACUACCUCCGUAUCCACCACCAUUUAAAGAAAGAGCGAUGUUUCUUAGCCCCUCUGGCUCCGACAACGACGCUUUUCUGGUUAUAAUCGUGGUCUCAACAAGCAAGAACUUCGAGGCGCGCAAAGCCAUAAGAGCGUCUUGGGGAAAGAGUACUUCGGGUUCUAAUUCAAACCAAGACUCCUUUCGGUUAUUUUUCGUGGUCGGUUGCGACGAAGUCAGCGACGAGCGAGUCGAAAAAGAGUCCCAAACUUAUAGGGACAUUUUGCGUGGAAAUUUUCUAGACACGUAUGUUCAGAAUGAGUUGCAUACAGUGAAGAUCCUCUUAGGACUUAAAUGGGCAACUACUAUGAGCAAUUCACAAUAUAUUUUAAAAGUAAACUCGGACUCUUUUGUUAAUGUCCAAGAAACGAUCAAAUGGCUUCAUUCACUAAGCGACUCAACCGGUGAUGUUUUGCAAUAUAAGAAAGACCUUUACAUUGGGUAUUGUCAUUCGGGAGUCGCAGUGGUUAGAAAUCCGCAGAGCCCCUAUUUCAUACCAGAAAAUCAAUGGUCGGACGAACUGCUUCCCACCUACGGGUCAGGAAUUGGUGUUGUCCUCUCUCGAGAUGUUGCAGAGAGGAUGGUUCAGCUUGCCAGAGAGGUAAGGCUUAUAUAUAUUCUAAUACUUAGCCGGCUUCCCGCAAGCUGACAGAGCUGAGGUCUGACUGACUUCUCGUUUUAUCCAUAAAAAUACAUAAAUUUAAUGUAUUUAUUUUAAUGUAAUGUCAUGUAAAUGCUGCGUCUCGCAAAAGCUUAGAAAUUCAAGCGUACUCUAUUACAAAACCAAGAACCCUUUUGAAAAUUAGUUUCCAGCAGCUCUAAUACACCAUGAAAGUAAAAUCUCAGUAGGAUCGAUAGUUUUGUAGUUUGAAUUUUAGUAACGUCAUGUGAAAACCAACACAGCAGUGCCUUGCAUACAUUUGUAUAUUUGUAAUACAUUUGGCGGGAGACCCAAUACAUUUCGCGUCACUGAGUAAAUUUAAUUGGUUAAAGGCUGUUUUUCACUAAUGACAGGAUUGGAGUCGUAAUCAGAAGCGUAGAACUUUACGAUCUAAUGAAAACAGCGUGCCGAUUCUUCUGAAUCCGCUUACGACUCCGUCGUUAACGAUCAAGUGAAAACUGGGUCGUCGGAAUCGCAAGCAGAAGCGGAAGAGGUUAACCAAUCACAGGGCGUGGGAACAUGCAUUGCGAUUUGUUUAUCCUUCCUCUUCUGUUUCCGACUCCAACAAUCUGGUUUUCUCUAGAUCAUAAGCGGAACGUAAGCGACGGAGUCUUAAGCGGGGUCGGAAGAAAAUGGAGACGUUCUGAUUCCAAUUCUGAUUCCGAUUCCGUCGUGCUUAUGACUCCGCUUACGACUCCAUUUUUGAUUUUCAUCAGGUCAUAAGCGCUCUUACGACUCCGACUCCAACUCCAUCGCUAGUGGAAACCAACCUUAAGAAAAAUAAUUCCUCCAUCCAAAUAGCAAACAAACUGACUCAAAUUCCAAGCCAUACUGAACCGAAAACUGUGACUACUGAAUAAAUUCUUCUUGAGGUUCAUUGAUCGGGAGUGGAAUGCUAAAUGAGCAUCUUGAACAAAUUUAUAAGGGUAUGUUCUUCAGACAUUUGCCGGUGCUUAUAUGGUGUUUUUGCUUGUGUUUACAUCAAAGUUGCCAAGGUUGCCAUUACUAGGGACAGGAGCCAAUUAAGUAAUCGGCUCCUGAUAGGGAAUUUUGUCGGCCAUCGAUACAGCGGUGGUGCCAUCCCUCUUGAAAGCAGAAUAUUUACUGAACAGAACAAAUGUUUGCGCAUUAUCUGUUUAUUUGUUUUUCUCCUGACUCAUUUUUUACGAUUCCUUAAGAAGGAAUUGCUAUGAUGAUGAUGAUGAUGAUGAUAAUGAUGAUGAUGAUGAUGAUGAUGAUUAUUAUUAUUAUUAUUAUUACUGUUAUUUCUAGUUCUGUCUAGGUCUUAGAGUGAGAUAACAGUCGGGCAGUUUAUCUUGUACCCUUAUACUCAGGAGCCGCCCGCUGGAUAAAACUCCGGCCUUAUUAAGCCAAAUAUGUUUCAACCAGCCCUUUGUAUUAUAAUGUGGAGCUAGUGUUCCUUCACUGUUCCAACGUUUUUUCCCAUUUUAGACUAAAUUCCUCAUACCUCUGGCUAUUUUUCCGCGAUAAAAGAUGCCACGCCCCAAUUAGAUUUAAAAACCCCGCUGAUAUCUAUACUUGAUCCCCAGUUUAUACAAGACUGAAAUUAAACCCCAGUUACGUAUACCCCCAAAAAGUAAAGCUUAUUCACUUUAAAACUGUAAUCCUACCAAUUCGGGCAGCUCUAGGGAUUUGUUUCCAUACAAAGAGAUUCAUUUAACGAAUCUGGACAAGGGCUAAAACUAUGUUUUUUUCUCUUUCCUUUUUCAGACAAAAAUGAUUCACAUUGAUGAUGUAUUCAUUGGAGUACUUGCGCAAAACCUAAACAUUCAGUGCCAGGAUGAAAGUUCACGUUUUGACAUCGCAUACACGACGAUGCUAACAGAGUGCCCGGAUAUGAAUUUUUGUGUACUCGGUAGUGUUCCGGCUAAGGACAUGUUCUAUUUAAACCAAAAUGUGGAUCAUUUAAGAGAUAUUUGCAACGAAGAUAAGGAAAAGGAAGGCUUGCUAGAUGACUUUUUUAACGUUUAAAGCGCAAUUGACGAAGUACGUUUGGCGUGAGUCGUCUCUGAAACAAGUUUACAAGUGUUUUUGUGGGAGUUGCAGCUAGUUGCUAAUCGGAAGUAAUAAUAUAAUAGUCGUGUUGUAAACCAACCACCUCACUAAAAACUGUACGACUUUGCAUUGUUAGAAGUUCAGUUGCGUCACCAUAGGUGAGCUUCUUUGAAAUCGUGGGACUCGUCUCUAAGCCGAUUAUUGCUUGACUCUAAAAGUGGUUUUAUGCGUGGUACGUCCUCUGG